AUGGCGGCCAAAAAGAAGUCAAAGGCGAGCAAGCCUCCCUCAAAUUUAACAGCGACGGAGCCAUCCAAAGACGAGGGCUUCGGCAUGCUUUCUGUCGACUCGAACCUGCCAAUGACCUCCUACAUCUCCGUCGUCGGGGUACACACGACACUCCUCGCGUUCACGGCUGUCUUUCUUCCUAGAACGACAUUUCUAGGUGACCUUGAUAGCCCCGUUGAGCUCACUUCACGGGACAAGCCCCAACACCCAUUCCUCAAUGCAUUGACUGACAACCCUACGUCCACAUUGGCGUGUCUAUGUAUUGGGAGUAUGUUUGUGCAAGGGUGGUGGGGAGGCUGGAUGAGGCAUUGGUGGGUAGACGCUACUACAACUGGGACGAAAGAAGAAAGAAAAAGAGAGAAGUCCAUUCUGGAAUCGGGGAAGCUGAAGGUCAUGGCAGUAGCUUGCGCAACGACAAUUGUCGCUUCAUUUGCCCUCCAUGGGGUUCUAGUCCUAUUUGGGGCACCAAUUACCAGCUUUAUCUUUAAAACUUAUCUCCUAGCUCUUCUUGUAUCCGUCUUGGUGGUCUUUCCACCCGCGUACAUCUUCGGGGCACCUUUGCCUGGGAAUGAAACAAAAGCGGUGGUUGUAAGGUGGACAUGGGUUAGGCUAUUCGCCGAAUUUUCCACCCGAAAUGCUGUAGAGCGUGCAGUUGUUUACCCCGUUAUCGGAACAAUGGUGGGCUGUUGGACCGGGGUUAUCCCUAUCGCCCUUGACUGGGAUCGUCCGUGGCAAGCAUGGCCCUUGACCCCCGCUUUUGGCGCCCUAGGAGGGUAUAUUCUCGCGUCAAUCACGGCGCUCACAGUCAACGCGAUAAAGUAUCUCGAACAUCAACGCAUGUUGUCUCCGCAGGCCAACUACCAAAAGACCAAAUGA